AUGCGAAUACACACAAACGUCCCCCACACAUACCGCGGCAUUCGUGCACGCCAUUUGUCGUCCGCAGGCCCCAUACUUCCAGUUCCUCUGCAAUAUGACAAGCUGGUUCCCUCCAACGGCAACGAGACCGACAGGCCGCUCGUCAUUAUGCAUGGUCUCUUUGGAAUGAAGAGGAACUGGCUCUCAUUAUCCAAAGCCUUCCUACGCGACCUGAACACGCCCAUAUAUUGCCUCGAUCUCCGCAAUCACGGAAAUUCUCCCCACGCACGACCCAUGACCUACUCAGCCAUGGCCGCAGAUGUGCUGCACUUCUGCCGCGAGCACUCCCUGACCAACGUGUCCCUCCUGGGCCACUCCAUGGGCGGAAAGGUCGCCAUGGCAUUUGCCUUGAGUCCGGAUUGUCCCCGCGACCUUCUCUCCCACCUCAUUGUUGCGGACAUGGCACCUUCAAAGGGUGCCCUCUCCCCUGAAUUCAACGGCUACGUAGAAGCUUUGCGCAAAAUUGAGGACGCGAAAGUCACGUCGCGCAAGGACGCGCAGCACAUCCUCACGCCGUACGAGCAGGACCCAAUGACCCGCGCGUUCCUGCUGACGAACCUCAAGCCGAGCGACCACCACCACCCCCACAAGCCCCUCGAGUUCCAAAUACCCCUGCAGAUCAUCGGCGACAGCAUCCCAGAAAUAGGCUCGUUUCCGUACGAGCCUGGCGAGCGCGUCUGGGGGGGGCCCACGCUCUUCAUCAAGGGAACACACAGCAAGUACAUCAACAAUCGGAACAUUCCCAUUGCUAAGCAAUUCUUCCCGCAUAUGGUUCUCGAGAAGCUGGAGGCUGGCCACUGGGGUAUGUCCGUCUUCUUCGCACCUGGCUCCGAACUGACACGUGCACCCAUAGUUCAUGCGGAGAAGUACGUGAACAACUGUAUAGCGGUAUGCAUUCGCUGA